CUAACGGCUAUCAGUGGCUGAGAAAACGUGCCGGGCAGCGUACAGCCAGCUCGGAGACUCAAAAAAACAGAAAAAUGAAGCUGCAGUUCUUGGUUUUCCUCGGCCUGAGUGCCCUAGUCAUUGGAGGAGAAACCUCACACGAAGAAGAAAGGCGUAUGCAUCCGGUAUUCUCCUUGAUGGGAUCCGGAUCGCCGUUAAAUGGUCGCUCCAAGCGAGCCAUGCCCCAGAUCGUUUUCGAUGCCCUGAGGGCGGAGGAGCGUUACGGAUACUGGCAGGGAUUGGCCUCCCAAACGCUGGACCAGCAGCUGGACAGUAAGCUGCGAUUGAACACCCAGCUGGCCAGGAAUGUGAUGCUCUUCAUUGGCGACGGAAUCAUACCCACGAUCACGGCGGGUCGAGUUUACCUGGGCGGCGAGGAGAAGCAGUUCGCCUUCGAGAAGUUUCCCUAUGUCGGUCUCAGCAAGACCUAUUGCGCCAACAUGCAGGUGGCCGACUGCUGCACCGCCACCGCCUAUUUGGGUGGUGUCAAGGCCAACUAUGGAACGAUUGGAGUAAGUGCAGCGGUGCAGUUCAAGGAUUGCCAGGCGCAGGCGCAAAGCCACCAUGUCUCAUCCAUUGCGGCCUGGGCCCAGAAACAGGGAAUGGCCACGGGUUUGGUGACCACAACUUCGGUGACCCAUGCCUCGCCCGCUGGAGUGUACGCUCAUAUGGCCAACCGGAACUGGGAGAACGACGCCGAGGUCGUUAAAGACAAUGGUGACCCCGUUUGUCCAGAUGCGGGUCAGCUGAUAAACAGCCCUGUGGGUCAAAAACUCAAUGUGAUAAUGGGCGGUGGUCGCGAAAAUUUCCUGCCCAAAAGCGCGACGGACUCAAGUGGAGCACCUGGUCGCCGGUUGGAUGGACGCAAUCUUAUCGACGAGUGGAAAAGUCAGCACACGAAUAGUGCCCAUUAUGUGGAGAAUCGCAGGGAGCUGCUUAGCCUGUCCAAUCACACUUCACGGGUGUUGGGCUUGUUCGCCCCCUACCACAUGGCCUAUCAUCUGGAUGCCAAUCCCGAGGAGCAACCCAGCCUAGAGGAGAUGGUUCAGGCGGCCAUGGACAUCCUGGAGCGCCAGAGUGCAGGACGUGGUUACUUCCUCUUCGUGGAGGGCGGACGCAUCGAUCAUGGUCACCAUGACACCCUGGCUUUGAGGGCCAUCGAUGAGACGGCGGAGUUCGACAAGGCGGUGAGAUUUGCCAGGGACCACACGAGUACGGAUGAUACCCUGAUUGUUGUCAGUUCGGAUCACUCACAUACCAUGUCGCUGGCGGGAUACUCCAGCAGGAAGAACGACAUCUUCGGGAUCAAUGACGGGCAGCUGGCGGCGGAUGAUCUGCCAUAUGCCACCCUAAGCUAUGCCAAUGGACCAGGCUACGAUAGUAACUACCUCAGGGAAGGAGGUGCUGUGAGGAGGAAGAAUCUCAGGGCUAUUAACAUGAAGAACAAGGACUUUAUGUUCCCCAGCACAGUUCCCCUGGAAUCGGAGACACAUGGCGGCGAUGAUGUGGCCGUCUUUGCCAGUGGACUUGCCCAGCUUUUCACUGGAGUCUACGAGCAGCACUUUAUUCCCCACGCCCUCGGUUACGCCUCCUGCCUCAGUGAUCGAAACAUGUGCGUGGAUGGGGGCAUGGCCAGAAGACCACGUUGAAAUCAAAGCUCAAAUUGAAUUUAGGAAAUCUCAGGAACCACUGUAUUAUUCUCCAUUGAGAGGAAGCCACAUUUAUAACAUAGUUUAAGGGGGGGUUUAAAAUAAAGACUU